AUGGGGUGGCAGGAUGGGAAGGAGCUGGAAGGCCAGAGCGGGGACCCGCAGGAAGAAGGAGAGCUUCUGGAUCCUUUAACUCCUGUCAGGGAACAUUGUGAACAGAUUGAGAAAUGUUUGAAAGCUCAGGAACGUUUAGAGGAGUACAAUGCUCAAAUGUCAUCUAAGUCCCAAACGGAGGAGAAAUGUACAGAGGAACUCUUUGACUUCUUGCAUGCUAGAGACCAUUGUGUGGCUCAUGAACUCUUCAGCAAAUUGAAAUAAAUGUUAAUAUAAGCUUCUGUCCUCCUCAUGCAUAGCUGAUGAAAAC